GUAACACUACACCUUCAUUUGYUCCUCUGCUCUCCAUGGACAGCUUUUUGGAUGCAGUACCCUUUUUCAGGUAUAUCAUUUAUUUUUAAUCUGGUUAUAGGUUUAAUUUGUGAUUUGUAAGUGGAGAGGCUCUUUUUGCUCUAUUUUAAACAGGAUGAUUAUGUGCAAACAGAGCUGCUCUCACCUGAGGACACCUUUCAACCUUUGCUGUCCACCGUGGUUACUGUUAUGCUCUGCGGUGCUCAUGAGCACAGAGCUGAGAUGCACACGAGGGCUGAAGGUGACAUCGACAAGCCCGCAGACCGUCCAGAGGGCCGAGGGCGACACCGUGACUUUGGGUUGCAGCUACAUGCCGAGCUUAUUGGACACCGGAGAAAUUGACAUUGAAUGGUCUGUGCUCAGUCCAGACACGACCAAGAAGGAUCAGAUGCUUCUGUCAUACACCGGCGGCACCAAGUACGACCAUGGAGGUCCUAGAGUUACCGAAGGCUUCAGCUUUGCUGCAGGCGAUCCCUCCAAGGGCGACGCUUCUCUCUCCAUCGCUCAGCUGUCACGCAACCACACUUCUACCUACCAGUGCAAAGUGAAGAAGUCGCCUGGGGUCGACACCCGCAAGGUGUCACUGGUGGUUAAGGUAAAACCAUCUGUGCCUCGCUGCUGGCUGGAAGGAGGGGAGCUGGUCGGUGGAGCCGUUUCUCUGCACUGCGAGUCCUCUGAAGGAUCCACUCCCCUUACAUACAAGUGGCGGAGAGAAAGCAAAGACCCCAUGCCUGCUGCUGCCACACAGGACAGCGCAUCCGGGGAGUUGAGAAUCAGCAACCACACACAGAGCUUUGCAGGGAUCUACCUUUGUGAGGUGAACAAUGCUGUUGGAGCCGAACGCUGCAGGAUCAGCCUGAGAGCCAGCAAGCAUCCAAACAGAUCUGCAGUGAUCGGGGGGAACGUYGUGGGCUCGCUUCUCCUCGUCUUCAUCUUACUGGUGUUUGCUGGGGUCCUGUACUGGAAGCUGGAGGACAGACGCCACCAUGAUGAGGAGUUCUCUAACGAGAUCAGGGAGGACGUGGGGCCACCUGACAGCCGCCCGGUGAGCCGGCACACCGGUCCGCAAACCGCUUACAGCUGGGCGGAUCAGAACAAUGUCAGCUAUUUCACACACAAUCCCUCCAGCUACAGGCAAGGACAAACAGCGAUGCAACAUGCAGCGGUACGCAGCGCGACGCUGGAGGACUUUAACCUGGACACUGCAGGGCCGUUUGGACAGGRAAASAAUAGAGAGAGAAGUUAAAUGUACAUGCAGGGCAAAAUGUUCAGUGUAUCGCAAUUUUUAAAAAAGUAAUGAACACAAUUUUGACACUUUAAAAAAAA